ACAGCACGCGCUUCCUGUUUAUGUCCGUAGAAGAAGAAAUUAYUGCGUCUGUAAAAUUGUUCCCUACUUUAGUUCAAAAUAAGCGCAGCCAGACUGGUCGUCCAAAGAGAGAUGGAUACUCUCGCACAAAUGCUCACGGACCCUCUSGAUCCAAAAGAGGAGCACGGAGGACAGAUUACAGAAGAAUGCAUGCUUGGAAACAGUAGAGUUAAUCUUCCAGAGGAUCUACUUGAGGAUCCUGAAAUUUUUUUCUCCGUGAUGAGUGAAAGCACCUGGAAGGAAGUCCUGACAGAUUCUCAGAGACAACACCUGCGCCACUUCCUGCCACAGUUUCCUGAGAACAGCACUGAGCAGCAGGACAUUACUAUCAGUGACCUGUUCAACAACAGAAACUUUAACUUUGGAAACCCUCUCCACCUUGCACAGAAGCUUUUUAGAGAUGGUUACUUCAAUCCUGAAGUGGUCAAAUACAGAGAAUUYUGUGCCAAGUCCCAGAGAAAGCGCCACUUGCACUCUCUCCAGCAGUAUUACCACAAACUCCUGAAGCAGAUUCUCGUCUCCAGAAAGGAGCUGCUGGACUUUGCAGUUCACAACGGUUUGGACUUUCCACCAAAAAAGCGUUUACCAAAUAAAACUCAAGCUGAAAUGCGGGAGCCGAGAGUGAGAAGACGACUGAGUCGGAUACUGAAGGAGGUCAAAAUGGAGUGUGGGGACAGCAACGCUUCGUCUGAUGAUGAUGAUCUGUCAUUAUGGACUCCAGCACCUCCGUCUCCAUCCUCUCCACCGCCCACGGUCUCCCUCAGAGUUCUUCCCAGCCUCUCUACUCCAGACAUGAGGAUCACCGAAAAAUUAGAACUAGGUGAGCUGGAUUUAAAAUUCAUGCUACAAAACCAUCAUGAGAAGAGGAAGCGUCAGCUGGACCAUCCGGACUUGGUAACUUCUGAUAUUCAGCUAGGAGACAUACUUGCAAGAGCAAAUCUUGGUCGGAAAGGGGCUUUGCCGGUUUUCGACCUCCCUCUGCCUAAGAAGAAGAUCAAAGAGGAGAGGAAGAGGAAAAAGUUAAAGACUAUAAAAGUGGAGUCGGAUGAUCCCUGUGAGAUUCUCACACCGUCAGACGCCUCCUCAGCUCCUCCAGUUAACAUCAACUCCCUGCCUGAUGCCCCUUCUACUCCACUCAUCAAUAUCAAGGAGGAAAUUGUGGAGGAGUGUCAGAGCAGCCCGAUUCCUGUUGAGGAAAUCACUUCCAGUUUCUUCAGCUUGUUGGAAAAUAUCUUAAAAUUGGAGGGUCUUGCCAGCACCUCAGCGUUGGAGGAGAAGGUUCAGACAUGGCAGUCCUCUCCUGCCAGUUCUCUCAACGUGUGGUUCACAUCUGCAUCAUGUUGGUCCGAUUUGGUCCUUCAAGCUCUGCAGUUUCUCGCUGGGGAGACUAAAGAUGGCAUGAUGGCACUCCCCAGCGGCUUUUCUCCGUUCGUGGAGUUUGUCGAUGGAUUUCAGCAGUGGAYGUGGAUUGGUCCGACUCAGGAUACAGAGAGGGAUCUCAGUGCGCUUUGUCAACUCUGGCUGGACUCCAAAGAUUUUAUUGUCAAGACAGAAAAUGAAGACAUGCUUGAGAUGACGUCACCACCACCAAAACUCUCGACUGAUUACGUGGUACGGCCCAGCACUGGAGAUGAGAGACAGGUGUUUCAAGUCCAGGAGCAGCAGAGAUACAACCAGCCUCACAAAGCCUUCACCUUCCGGAUGCAUGGCUUUGAGUCUGUAGUGGGGCCCGUCAAAGGGGUCUUUGAUAAGGAGAUGUCUCUGAACAAAGCCAGAGAGCACACACUGCUUCGCUCCGACCGGCCACCUUACGUCACCAUCCUCUCUCUAGUACGGGACGCAGCAGCCAGGUUACCCAACGGAGAGGGAACGAGGGCUGAAAUCUGUGAACUGUUGAAAGACUCACAGUUUCUGGCUCCAGAUGUCACAAGUGCUCAGGUGAACACAGUUGUUAGCGGGGCUCUGGAUAGACUUCAUUACGAGAAAGACCCUUGUGUUAAAUAUGACAUUGGCCGCAAGUUGUGGAUUUACCUGCACCGCAAUCGCAGUCAGGAAGAGUUUGAGAGGAUCCACCAGGCUCAAGCUGCUGCAGCGAAGGCAAGAAAAGCUCUGCAGCAAAAACCUAAACCUGCAUCUAAGCCUAAAUCUGGGAGUAAGGAUGGAAGUAGCAAAGCUCCUGGAUCUGUAGAAACAGCCCAGGACAUAAGCUGUAAUCCCAUGUCACCAAUCCCUACAACACCCACUCCUAACACUCCCGGAACCCCCAAGUCGCCUCUACCUUGCUCAGCCACCACACCUACAAAGACUGGAGUCCCAGAGACAAUCAAAACCAACCCAGGUGUUCUUCUUGUGUCUCCUCCCCCGCUGCCUCAGCUCGGAACCAUUUUACCCACGAGUCAGGCUUGCCCGCCGGCCACACAGCCCGUUACAUCCCAACAAGCUGCUCGGAUCGUGAGCCACCUGGCGGCGGGCUCCCUCCCUCAGGUGAGGGUCGUUUCCGCUCAGCCGGGCCUUGGUUCAUCAGCUGCAGGUCAGCAGGCCACGCUGGUGCAUCAGACCCCUCACCAAAUCCGCAUGCCUGUGUCCGUGGCAGCCAAGGGCAUUUCUCAGGCUGUGGUUUCUGUGCCUUUAAGAAGUCCGUCAGGAACUAGUCCAGUCCAGGUUCCGACCACUCUUUCUGUGUCUGCUCUAACUGUGACCAAACCGCAAACUGGAUCUCCUGGAAGUCCAGCGAACAACCCCACGUCUCCAGCUGUGCUGCAGGGUGUGGCCAGCCCUAACAUCAAACAGGUGUCCAUAACAGGACAACUGGGAAUGAAGCCUCCAGGUGGAGCAGGAAUUCCAAUAUCUGCAACAAACUUGCGCAUCCAAGGCAAAGAUGUCCUCCGUCUUCCACCGUCCUCCAUCACCACAGACGCUAAGGGCCAAACGGUGCUGCGGAUAACUCCGGACAUGAUGGCGACUCUUGCCAAAUCUCCAGUCACGACCGUUAAACUCACCUCGGACUUUCUGGGCACGGCCGCUUCGGGCAGCAAGAGCAUAUCCGCCACSCUGCACGUAACACCGCCCCAGGCGUCGCCGUCCUCCGCUGCCGGCGCUUCACCCUGCGCAGGAGAAGUCCAGACGACCAAAGCAGGCUCCGUCGCCUCCACCGUGCUGAAGGCAGGGGGCGACGCUGCCAUACGCCUGAUGCCCACUCUGGCCGUCACCAUGGCUGACCAAAAGUCCAGGACCUUCUCCAGCGUGGCGUCCCCCGACAAGAGCGGGGCCACCAUCCGGAUCAUGCCAGGCCUCGGCGUCAUUCCUCCGAAACAGGGUCAGACCAUCACAAUGACGACCACCACGGGCAGCAAACCCCUCACAGCGACCACAUGUGCCAAUCUGGUGACCAUGGCUGCGAGUGUUGUGAGCGGGGCUAAAGGCAUCACGGUGGCUCCUGGAUCCUCUGGUGCUCCUCUGUCCCUGGGAACGGCUGCAGCUACUGUGAGACAGGUUCCUGCUACGGUCGUUACGACACCGACGGGAAAGUUACCUGCUCGGAUCACGGUGCCGCUCUCCGUCCUCAACCAGCCACUGAAAAGCAAGAGCGUUGUGACGACGCCGAUCGUCAAAGGAAGRCUGAACACAAAUCUGAGCAGCCUGGGCAGGAACAUCAUCUUGACUACGAUGCCUGCCGGCACCAAGCUGAUUGCAGGGAACAAACCGGUCAGUUUUGUCACGGCGCAGCAGUUCCAGCAGCUUCAGCAGCAGGGCCAGGCCACACAGGUUCGGAUCCAAACAGUUCAGACGCAGCAGCUCCAGCAGCACGUYGCAACAGGCUCCCCAAAGUCAGUUUCAGCAGUGGUCGUCACAACGGCUCCUUCACAGAAAUCUGUACCUGAUCCUCCUCCUCCUCUUCAGCAGUGACACCGUUUUAUAGUCUCUGUAUAUUCUUUCAAAUGUUGCUGUUUGUACAGUCAUAGGAAGAAAUGUCUUUUUGUCUGGUGUGUUGUCAUUUUCCAAGGUUCCAUUAAAACAUUUUCUCCACAUUGUUGCAACUAAAACAUGUUUGCAUUUUCAGGCAGAUUAAAAUAUUUUAGGGAAAUCUUGUAAAAUUGUUUUCUUCAGCAGCUUAAAAGUCUUGUUAAUAUUUAAAUAGAUUUGUUCAUGUUUAUUAAACCAUUAUUACAGCCUUGAGUAUUAUCAAUUGGAUGUGUUUUGAGUUUAUAAAAUGAAAUAUACAAUUGUAAUGAUUUGAUUUAAUGUGAUUUCAUAUUUAUAUAAAGGUGUAAUAAACACUUUAAAUCAAAA